AUGGCGCCGCCCGGCUGCUCAGACUGCCGACGACGCUGGUCGGCCGCCGCGCUAGGAAUCCUCCGGGGAUGGCCGUUGAGGCGGGAAGCGGCGACAGGAGCGGCUCCGUCCGUGCGCCGUCGAGCUCGCCCCCUCCUCUCGCGCGAGGUCGUCGCGACCACUUUCGUCGCCUACGCGGAUCUCCGGCUACUCCCGUCCACCGGGCUCGCGCUCUCGGGCCCCGACGCCUGCCUCAAUAUCGCCGACUCCGCUCGGCGGAUGCCGCUCGUGGCCGCCGCCGGCUCCUUCGGCUUCGGCAUCGCGCGGGAGGUCAAGCCGCCGUCGCCCUCGCCAUGGUCGCGUGGUGUCCUGAUUUAG